UGUUUCCCGUCGGUGUGUUUUUUUUUUAUUUUUCUCUUGAAUUCUCCGUCUGCAAAUCAGAUUUUCUUGGCGUUGGAAGUUUUAGUAUUUUAAUUUUAGUAUAUGAUGCAGAGAAUCUGGUUCGCCCGCAGACCAAAGGGGUGAUUAUGUGGCCUGGACGGCGUCUGUAACCCAGAUUUAAGAGAUCCUGGAUUUUUGGGCUUUUUCUGGGCGGCAAUGGAGCUGAGCAGCGCCCCGGUGCAGGACCUGCUGGAGCAUCCUUGGGUCACGGUAAGCAUCAGCGGCUGCCAGGUCCUCAGUAAGAGCUGGUUCGGUGAGACGGCGUACCACGUCCUGCUGAGUGACCUGCACUGUGUGUGGGAGGAGAGGAUGGAGGCGGCAGCGAUUCAGACUCGAGCGCAGGAACUGAACAGACGCUUGCGAGCUCCAGUUGAGGCUUUUUUCUCUCACCUGUGUGAGGUGGUCCGGCCCUGUCUGAUGGGAGGCGUCGAGCAAGUCUCCGGCGCCACCCAGGUCAGUCUAACGCAACAAGACGACGGUAACAUCCGCUUGAGGCUGAAGAGCGAGUUGGCGGGUUUGCCGUUCUACUGGGAAUUCCGCUGCACCACUGCGCCCACCACAGUGGCGUGUGCUCACCUGGUGCGCCCCCUGCUGGUGAUGAGCCGCCUGCUGCAGCGAGAGGUGGAACAGCUGGGAGCGCUGCUGGUCAAGAAGGACGCCGAGAUCCAGGACUUCCAGGAGAACGGCGCCACCCUCAGCAGAGAACGCCUGCAGACGGACCCGUACGACGACCAGACCUUCAAAGAGGAUUUCAUGUUGAAGGUUUGUGUGCUUGUUGCCGUGGUGACACAUGCCCGCCACCUGCAGCCGGAGAACAAACUGAGUUGUUGCCUUUUGGGGAAGUGGCAAACUCACUGUUUCAAGAGAAGUUCUUCACAAAGACCACACGAGGAUGCAGCACACUUUACUGUGUUCACUCGCUCACCACAGAAGUUGAUUUUCAUGGAUUAAGUAUUCCAGAUACGGAUCUUUCAUCAGAUCCAGAUUAGGAUUUUCUUUUGUGUCAUUGUAGGUUUGCUUCCACAUGACAAAGCCCAUGAAGCUGCUCCUCCUCUGUCAGUUCCUCAAGGUGGUUCCUGGUCCAGCUCAGUAAUCAGGUCCUCUGUGGUCUGGCUGCUUUCCUCUGUCAGACCAUGAGCCGCUGUCCUCUGGACCGAGCCCCGGCCCCGACGGGACAAGUGUGGUGUCCUGCAGAAACAUCACGAGCAGAACACAAAAUGCAGAACAUGAAUGCACCAGAUGUCAUGAACAAACUCCGCCCACUGCACCUGUUUCUCCGCCCACUGCACCUGUUUCGAAGGACAGGCCGACAAGAAACACAGUGACCCAAAAAAAAAAUGCAAAUAUUCACGUUCCCCACAUCACAGGGGUCAAAUUUCUUGACCUUUAAGUGAAUCCUUUAAGGUGACCAACCUUCAUCAACGUUCCAAGUUUGGUAGAAAUAGCAAGAUGAUCUGUGAGGAGGAUGUCAACAAACGGACAGGUGGACGUGACCGUCACCCCGAUAACACACACACACACACACACACACAGCCCAAAUUAAAUGUGGUCACAGAAGAAAGUGGAAUAAAACAUAAAUAUACAGUUUGAAUGCAGACGGUCCCACAGCGCGUGCUGCCUGACGGCGGCGGCUGUGCGUGGUCCAUACGGCUUAGAGCUCAGUUAAAUCAGAGAUGAAGGUUAGCAGUUUGACACGGGGCUACUGAAUGAGGGGAACCACCACGACACCAUGACCUCUCUGAAGGAGUUCUGAGCUUCAGCGGACGUGACUGGAUUUUGUCUGUUGCUUCUCCAGUCGCAGCCACUGAAGCUUGUUCCUCCUCCAGACGUGUCAGUGUUACCAAACACUUCACGUUUCUUCGUCACUGAUGUAACUGCUGACUCAGCAGCCAAAUGGAACACAAAGAACCGUCUGCGACGUGACCGCGUCCUGGUUCAACAUAUUCCACCUGUGAUGGUUUUUGAAAGCUUAUUGCCGGCAAAACAACACAACCUGUGAUUUUGAGCCUCUGUCUGAGGUCUUUGUCCACAGGAGUUCAGGGAUCCGGUAAUCCGGGUCCGAUGAGUGAACGUGAAGUUAGUGUAAGAAGCCGUGACUGUUGGCUUCCCUCACACUGCUUCCUCUGUUCCCAGAGCAGAACGCACCACAGCCAACAUUUAUUUUCACCAUAUUUAAACAAAUCAAAUCGAUGUGAGUGCUGGAAGCCUGACCGCGGCGUGUCCAGGAGCCCACCAGCUCGUCCCGGUCAAUAUUUGAGGAGCUAAUUUGGACAGUUUGUCCUGUUUGUGGAGGGAGACGAAGGAUUUACUGAAUAAGGAGUUUACACGCCUUAUCAGCUCUCCUCACCAGGAACCCGCCUUGACUCCCGUCCUAUUGGCCUCACCUUCAUCAUGUGACUGACCGAGCACAAAACAAACAUCCCGACAGGAACCUGAACUCUCUGUUCAUUUCUUUUGAUUUUCAGCUGCUUCAAGAACAAAUUGUAGGAUUCAUGCAGAGGGAAAAAAAGGGUUGAAGCCAAAGAGUUUCUUUCUGCCACAGAGUCAACGAUUCUGAGAUUAACGACAUGAUCACAUGAUUGUUAGUGUUUCUACAUCGUGAUCUGGGGUUAGUUCUUGCAGACUUAUGGGUGUGAUGAACUGAUUUUGGGGUCGGUUCUUGCAGACUUAUGGGUGUGAUGAACUGAUUUGGGGUUAGUUCUUGCAGACUUAUGGGUGUGAUGAACUGAUUUUGGGGUCGGUUCUUGCAGACUUAUGGGCGUGAUGAACUGAUUUGGGGGUCGGUUCUUGCAGACUUAUGGGUGUGAUGAACUGAUUUGGGGUUAGUUCUUGCAGACUUAUGGGUGUGAUGAAUUGAUUUGGGGUCAGUUCUUGCAGACGUGGGCGUGAUGAACUGAUCUGGGGUUAGUUCUUGCAGACUUAUGGGUGUGAUGAACUGAUUUGGGGUUAGUUCUUGCAGACUUAUGGGUGUGAUGAACUGAUUUGGGGUUAGUUCUUGCAGACUUAUGGGUGUGAUGAACUGAUUUGGGGUCAGUUCUUGCAGACGUGUGGGCGUGAUGAACUGAUCUGGGGUUAGUUCUUGCAGACUUGUGGGUGUGAUGAACUGAUUUGGGGUUGGUUCUUGUAGAUUUGUGGGCACAACACUGGUGUGUUGUGCUUUGGGGUAAGAUGCUGUGAUUUGUUGCUGUGUAACUAAUUUGAAUUGAUUGAAUUAUUGGCUGUCAGGAUUCUUCUGAACAGGAUUCCACACCCACGACUUCCUGUCAAUGGUCAGAAAGUGUUUGAUGCAGCUGGGACAUCUUGAGAGUUUGAAGGUUCCACAACAAAUUCCUCCUGGAUGUCCUAUCCAGCGGGGGUGGAGUCUCUGACUUUUCUCAGCGAAUUCUGGCGUUCCUCAGGGAUGUGUUCUGGCUCCUCUUCUGUUCAGUGUCGCACAGAUGGGUUGUUGGGUCAGAGGCAGUUAAUCAAAUCCUAAUUUGAUAUUUUUUAAUUUGUCAGUGAAUGUCAACUCCGAUUCCUCCUCACGUCUGUUUACACUUCGUAAACAUGAAUCUGACAGUAAAUAAUUUCACGUCGAUUAGACUCUUUGCUCAAUUUUUCUGAAUCUGUCGCCAU